UGACAGCAAAACCUUGAUUCAAGUCCUGUCCUGUCCUUUUCCAUCGGAGUCCUCGGAUGUGCAACGAUACAGGGCUUCAAGUCCCCUUCUAGAAGAACCAGUUGCCCUACAGUUACACUCAGCUGCCAUCCUAUUUCGCAAUCGUCGCAUGCCUUAGUGCGCCAUCUUCAACAAGGUUGUUAGUGCUGACUACUCACGGGCGGCCGAAAUUGCCUCAACUUGCGGGGAAGACGGAGCAUCCUACGACGAAUCAACGUAAGUUCACGUCCCCAGAAACACAAAAAAGGUGAGGCCGGGGGGGAUAACACAAUGUCUGAUGUACAUUUCACUUACAAGAUAUGGGCGUUUCAUGUACCGUACCUACGCUGUACUGCUGUAGGCAAUGCGGUCUAAGCAUCAGAUAUUCAUCACCGUCCCUAUCCCGAGCCGCGUGCCGCCGGAAAUCGUCCUCGCUCACAUCCAGACCUACACGCCUAUGCUGGCCAACAACAAUGUGAUCAUGAGCUUCAAAGAGACGACGCCCAACAUGGAGCUCGUAAGCAAGGACCCAUUCUUCGGCACGCCCAACAGCAGCGUCAGAACCUUCUCGUCCAGCGAGAGACUCAUGCUGGCGCCCGGCCUGACGAGGGAUAGGAGCUGGCCCGUGACGUGUCUGAGUAUACCGAAUGGUAUUCGCUGUAGAGCUGAUGCCAAGGCUGGUGUCACUGUGAGGACGGAGUGGAUUGUGAGGCCGAGGCAGGACUUUGGGAGCAGUCCGAGUACUAAUAGCAGUCCGGGGACGCUGGUGGAGGAGUGGGAGCUGUAUGAGGAGGUUAUAAUUGAGGCGAAUAGUCUUCUUAUGCCGUUUGUUGCGAGGACUGCGGAUGAGGUUCAUAGAGGGAUUUGUCAGAAGGUUGUGGAUGAGGUUGUGAACAAAUACUUAGCCAAUGGUACUCAUUGAUUAAUUUUAAUAACAGAUACCUACUAAUUUAUUGAUACUGAUCAACGAAGA